UGAUAUUGAAGGGAAGUCUUCUAUGUAUGUUCAUACAGUUUCAGAAGCUUGUCGGCUUCUUCCAUCAUCUAGUCAGUGGAACUCUAUUGAACUUGAGUUUCAUAAGUUUCACUCAUCAACGAUUUCAAUACACAAUGAUAAUACACCUUCUGGUUACUCUAAAUCUUAUGAUUGCAAUCUAUUUAUUAGCGAUAAAUCGCAUUUCAAACGUUUCAUUUAUGUGUGCGUGGCUCUAGUAUUCAUCAUUCUCGCUACAGUUCUAUUAGUGCACUUCUUGCCUCUCAAUCAUACUCAUCAAGCUUCUUCUAGUAACUUGACGGCUCCAUUGAAACAAGCUCUUCUAUUUUUUGAUGCUCAAAAGUCUGGAAUUUUGCCGAGAAACAACUACUCCAUAGAUUUUCGGGGGAAUUCAGGUUUGCAGGAUGGAAAUUUUGGCGAUCCCCAUGUGGAUCUUGUUGGAGGUUAUUAUGAUUCCGGUAACAAUAUGAAAUUUACUUUUCCCACCGCGUAUACCACUACUUUGUUGAGCUGGACUGUGAUUGAGUACCAUCAGAAGUAUAGUGAUAUCGGCGAGCUUGAACAUGUCAAAAGUAUCAUCAAACGGGGAAGUGAUUAUUUGCUCAAGGUUGGGAGUACAAGUACAGGUAAAGUUAAUGAUGACGAUUGUUGGCAAAGACCUGAAGAUAUGAAAUAUCAGAGGCCUAUUUCUAUUUGCAAAAGCAAUUCUUCGGAUUUAGCAGGGGAAAUUAUAGCAGCAUUAUCGGCAACUUCAUUAGUUUUCAAAGGCAAAAACAGGAGUUACUCAAUCCAGCUUAUCAAAGCAGCGGAGAAGUUGUUUGAGCUUGUAAUUAGAAACCCAAAUAAGCAAGGAACUUAUACAACGGAUGAUGCUUGUGGCAAAGAAGCAAGGCAGUUUUACAACUCUUCUGGAUACUUGGAUGAAAUAGUUUGGGGUGGAACUUGGCUUUUCUUUGCCACCGGGAAUGUUUCUCAUCUUAAAUACGCAACUGAUAAGGUUGUAUUAGCAAUGAAUGCCGAAGAGGUUGAUGAUGGAGUGUUUUAUUGGAAUAACAAGCUCCCAGCUAGUGCGGUUUUGUUAACACGUCUUAAGUACUUUCGAGAUCCUGGUUAUCCGUAUGAAGAAACGCUAGACUCGGCCACCAACAUGACAGACUUACUCAUGUGUUCAUACCUUUCUUCUCAAAGAUUCACAUUUACUCCAGGUGGAUUGAUUCUCUUAAGACCUGAAUCUAGUUCCCGACUUCAGUAUGCUGCAACAGCAUCUUUUCUUACCAAAUUGUACAGUGAUUACAUAAAGCUCACACAGAGCUCGGGUCGACGUUGUAGUACCAAUUCCUUCUCCAUAGAAAAGUUGCAUAAAUUUUCCAUCUCUCAGGUGACUUACAUAUUGGGAAACAACCCGCAAAAUAUGAGCUACUUGGUUGGGCAUGGAGACAAUUUUCCUACACACAUUCACCACAGGGGUGCUUCGAUCCCAUGGGAUAAUCAACAACACACUUGUGCAGAAGGAAACAGAUGGUUAUACUCAAAGGAUCCAAAUCCUAAUGUUCUUGUAGGAAGCAUGAUUGGUGGCCCAGACCAAGAUGACCACUUUUUGGAUUCAAGGGAUAAACCAGAGUACACUGAACCAAGCAUAUCAGGAAAUGCUGGUCUAGUUGCUGCACUAAUCGCACUUCACGACCUUCCUAAACAUUCUUCUGGUUUGAAAGGCUAAGGGAGGAAUAGAUCAGAUGGGCAUCUUUUCAAAUAUCAAAAGCGAAUAGCUGGCUGGCUUUUAGCAUUAUAAACGGAUUAACUAGUCAAAGAACAAUUUGAAGUUUAUUCUUUGUUACAA